AUGGCUUCUCCACAAACCCUGCUGGUGCUGUUAAUCACAGUAAUCGCAGUCAACACGAGAGUGCUGCCCGCACAGGUGACGCCUCCAGGCAGUGCAGACGAGGGCUCCGCUGUCCUCAAGACACCGGUGGCAAGAUCCUUUACGUCUGCCGAGGAGAUACAGGAGAUCCCUGUGCAGGUGACGACUCCAGGCAGUGCAGACGAGGGCUCCGCUGUCCUCAAGACACCGGUGGCAAGAUCCUUUACGUCUGCCGAGGAGAUACAGGAGAUCCCUGUGCAGGUGACGACUCCAGGCAGUGCAGACGAGGGCUCCGCUGUCCUCAAGACACCGGUGGCAAGAUCCUUUACGUCUGCCGAGGAGAUACAGGAGAUCCCUGUGCAGGUGACGACUCCAGGCAGUGCAGACGAGGGCUCCGCUGUCCUCAAGACACCGGUGGCAAGAUCCUUUACGUCUGCCGAGGAGAUACAGGAGAUCCCUGUGCAGGUGACGACUCCAGGCAGUGCAGACGAGGGCUCCGCUGUCCUCAAGACACCGGUGGCAAGAUCCUUUACGUCUGCCGAGGAGAUACAGGAGAUCCCUGUGCAGGUGACGACUCCAGGCAGUGCAGACGAGGGCUCCGCUGUCCUCAAGACACCGGUGGCAAGAUCCUUUACGUCUGCCGAGGAGAUACAGGAGAUCCCUGUGCAGGUGACGACUCCAGGCAGUGCAGACGAGGGCUCCGCUGUCCUCAAGACACCGGUGGCAAGAUCCUUUACGUCUGCCGAGGAGAUACAGGAGAUCCCUGUGCAGGUGACGACUCCAGGCAGUGCAGACGAGGGCUCCGCUGUCCUCAAGACACCGGUGGCAAGAUCCUUUACGUCUGCCGAGGAGAUACAGGAGAUCCCUGUGCAGGUGACGACUCCAGGCAGUGCAGACGAGGGCUCCGCUGUCCUCAAGACACCGGUGGCAAGAUCCUUUACGUCUGCCGAGGAGAUACAGGAGAUCCCUGUGCAGGUGACGACUCCAGGCAGUGCAGACGAGGGCUCCGCUGUCCUCAAGACACCGGUGGCAAGAUCCUUUACGUCUGCCGAGGAGAUACAGGAUAUCCCUGUGCAGGUGACGACUCCAGGCAGUGCAGACGAGGGCCCUGCUAUCCUCCAGACCCCGGUGACAAGAUCAUUUACGUCUGCCGAGAAGAAUCAGGGGAUCCCUGUAUUGUGGAUCGUGGUCAUUGUGGCGGCGAUUUUGGUGUUCUGCCUGCCGUGCUCAUACCUGUGCUGCUGGCUCAUGUUAAUGCUGUGCCUGAACAUGUUGGUCACGGUGGACAUGAUAUGA